GCUACAUAACCAGCUGCUAGUUAGCUUCUGUGUGUGACGCAGCAGCGCGUGCGUGGCAGGCUGCGCAACAAGGGUUGUUGAGCUUUCCGGUCGUCUGAGCGACAUGGCCACCGCGCACGUUUUCCUCUGCCUCGCCGCCGUCGUGCUUGCUGCUGCGGCGGCAGCAGCCUCCCCAGCUCAUCAUCAGCAUUCGCAAUGCCUGGACAACCCGCCGGACCUGUCUCUGCGUGGCGGCGAGUCUGGCGUGGUCGUCGGAGACCUACCAGGGGGCUUCAAAGCCUACGUCACAGGCCCGUCCGAGUCCAGCCGCGCCGUCGUUCUCGCCUCCGACGUCUUCGGGUUCGAGGCGCCUAUACUCAGAACGAUCGCCGAUAAAGUUGCUGAGGCUGGAUACUUUGUCGUGGUGCCAGAUUUCUUCAAUGGAGAUCCUUACGACACAAGUAAAAACAUUACAGUGUGGAUCAAGUUUCACUCCCCGGUAAAAGCUGCCAAAGACACCAAGCCACUCUUUGCUGCUUUGAAGAAGGAAGGAAAGAGCAUUGCUGUUGGCGGUUAUUGCUGGGGUGGAAAAUUUGGUGCCGAGAUAGCAAAAACUAACGAUAUAAAAGUAGUUUGCCUUUCUCAUCCAUCAACAGUGACGGCUGAAGAUAUGAAAGAGAUCAAAUGCCCAAUUGAGAUCCUUGGUGCUCAGAAUGACACGUCCACACCACCAAAACUAGUGUACCAGUUUGUGAGUGCUUUGCGUCAAAGAAAUGAGAUUCCAUACUUCGCCAAGAUCUUUCCUGGAGUUGCACAUGGAUUUGCUUGCAGAUAUAAUACCACUGAUCCCUUGGCCGUCAGAACCGCUGAAGAAGCUCUUGCUUACAUGCUUGAUUGGUUCAAGAAAUAUUUGAAGUGAAGACUACAGAUAUGCAUAUACAAGGUUGUUCCUACUGAAUUAAAGGGAACAAUAACUGUUUGCAAUCCAUUGUAAACUUGAAGACAUGCCAGAGAAUGAAUUCAGGACAUACACAUAUUCUUUUACGACCACAAGUCAUUUGCCAUUGGCGGCUAGUAGCACGUGGUAAGAUC